AUGGCGCCCUCCAACCUCUGCAUGGCCAUCGUCGCCCUGGCCGCGGUUACGGCAGCUGCCGUCGGCGAGGUCGAGCACACCUUUGUUGUGAGCGAGGUGAAGAUGACGCACCUGUGCAACGAGACGCUGGUCACCGUGGUGAACGGGCAGCUCCCUGGUCCGGCGAUCGAGGUCACCGAGGGAGACUCCGUCGCCGUCCAUGUCGUCAACAAGUCUCCCCACAACAUAACAAUUCAUUGGCACGGAUUGAAGCAGCGGCUCAACUGCUGGGCCGACGGCGUGCCGAUGAUCACGCAGUGCCCUAUCCGGCCAGGCCACAACUUCACAUACCAUCUCAACGUCACCGGGCAGGAAGGCACCCUGUGGUGGCACGCUCACGUCUCCUGCCUCCGGGCGGGCCUGCACGGCGCCUUCAUCAUCCGGCCGCGGCACGCCUACCCAUUUCCGAAGCCCGACAAGGAGAUUCCCAUCGUUAUAGGUGAGUGGUGGAGCAUCAACCUCGCGCAGUUGGGCAAGAACAUGGAGGAUGGCUACUACGAUGACACCUCCAGUGCAACCACGAUCAAUGGCAAGCUUGGAGAUCUCUACAACUGCUCCGGGGUCGUGGAAGAUGGCUUGGUGCUGGACGUGGAGCCCGGCAAGACCUACCUGCUCCGCAUUCUCAACGCCGCGCUCUACUCCGAGUACUACAUGAAGAUUGCCGGGCACGAGUUCACGGUGGUCGGCGCCGACGCCAACUACGUCCGCCCCUUCACCACGGACGUCGUUGCCGUCGGCCCCGGCGAGACGGUGGACGCGCUUGUGGUCGCCAGCGCGCUCCCCGGCAAGUACUACGUGGUCGCCGUGGGUGGCCAGGCGCCCAAGCCCGACAUCCAGAUCCCCGCGACCCUGUCGAGAGCAACGGUGCGGUAUGCGAUCGGCGCCGGCAACGGUGACGAGGCGGCGCCGCCGGUGGCACCGGAGAUGCCUGACCAGCACGACUUCAUGGUGUCCUUCAACUUCCAUGGCAACUUGACAAGCCUGAACCGGACGGGCUCGCCGCCGGUGCCGGCGACUGCUGACGAGAGCCUGUUCGUCGUGCUCCGCAUGGGCUCCAUCUGCCGACAAGGUCGACUGUCUUGCAAGAGGAGCGGGAGCAAGGAGUCCAUCAUCGUGGAGACCAUGAACAACAACGCGGCGAUGAUGGACACCGACAACCACCCGAUGCACCUGCACGGGCAUGACAUGUUCGUGCUCGCGCAGGGGCACGACAACUACGACGCGGUGAGGGACGUGGCGAGGUACAAUCUCGUAGAUCCGCCGCUCAGGAACACGGUUCUUGUCCCCAGGCUAGGGUGGGCUGCCGUCCGCUUCGUGGCCGACAAUCCAGGGGUGUGGUACAUGCAUUGCCACUACGAGCUUCAUGUGUCGAUUGGAAUGGCGGCUGUGUUCAUCAUAGAAGACGGGCCAACAUUGGAAUCAGUUCUUCCAUCGCCGCCUGUAGAUUUUCCGAAAUGCAACCAAUAGUCUAGCAGUGACUGGAAAAAGAGUGAUAUCUUGGACAUUAAUUAGCAUUAUAUAGAA